GCGUCGCUGCCCGGUGGGUCGUAGGCGCGCCCGGGAACCGUUUUUGCCGUCAGAAGUUGUGGGGCGUGGAGCCGGGGUCGAGAUUCCCUUGACCACGGAAGCGCUUAUGGACUGGAUGCAGAGCUGUGUCACCUUUGAGGACGUGGCUGUUUACUUCUCCCAGGAGGAGUGGGGACUCCUUGAUGAGGCUCAAAGGCUGCUGUACCUUCGCGUGAUGCUGGAAAACUUUGCACUUGUAACCUCUCUGGUUUAUUGGCAUGAAGCAGAGGAUGAAAGGAUACCUCCUGGGCCAAGGGUUUCUGCAGAAGAAGCAUCACACAUCAGGACUCCAAAACAAAGUCCAUCUUUCCAAAAGACUCACCCCUGUGACAUUUGUAUACUAGUCCUGAAGAAUAUUUUGCAUCUGGAUGAUCUACCUGGACAGAAACUGUACUUUUCUGGGGCCUGUGAAAACCUUCACCAGGAACAGAAACAUCAAAGUGCAGAGAACACAUUAAAAAGAGAAGUGAACAGUGCCUCCUUUGUGAAGAGCUGCAUAUUCCAUGUGUCAGGGAAUCCUUUCCUCUGUGGCAAGACUGGAAAGGACUUCCCUGAUAAGUGGGGCAUUCUUCAGCCCCAGGCCAUUCCCAAAGGUGAGAAGCCAAACAUAGUCAGAGAGUGUGGGGAGGCCUUUCACUGUGGGAAAAAUCAUUGUAAGUCAGGAGCAUGCAGAGACACUUCCAGCCACAAACACACACUUAUUCGUCAUCUAAGAGUCUGCACUGGAAAAGGGGGUUUUGAUGCUAGCAAAUGUGGAACAGCCUUCCAAGAGAAAUACUCACUUGUUCCGUUCCAGAGAGUCCAUGCUGGAGAAAGGCCUUAUGAAUGCAGUGAAUGUGGAAAAUCUUUUAGCCAAAAAGCCACCCUUAUUACACACCAGAGAGUUCAUACUGGAGAAAAACCAUACAAGUGUGGUGAAUGUGGAAAAUCGUUUAGUCAAAGCUCAAACCUCAUUGAACACUGCAGAGUUCACACUGGAGAAAGGCCUUAUGAGUGUGAUGAAUGUGGAAAAGCCUUUGGGUGCAAAUCUAACCUUGUUCGACAUCAGAGAACUCAUACAGGAGAAAAGCCAUAUGAAUGUGGCCAAUGUGGGAAAUUCUUUAGACAGAGCUUUAGCCUCGUUGAACAUCAGAGCAUUCACACUGCAGCACGGCCUUAUGAGUGUAGCCAAUGUGAAAAAUCCUUUAGUCAGAAAGCUACUCUCAUUAUACAUCAGAGAGUUCACACUGGAGAAAGGCCAUAUAAGUGUGGGGAGUGUGGGAAAUCCUUUAGCCAAAGCUCCAACCUUAUUGAACACUGCAGAAUCCACACUGGUGAGAGGCCUUAUGAGUGUGGCGAAUGUGGAAAAUCUUUUAGUCAAAGAGCCACCCUCAUUAGACACCAGAGAAUUCACACUGGAGAAAGGCCUUAUGAAUGUAGGGAAUGUGGCAAAUUCUUUAGACAGAACUUUAGCCUCAUUGAACACCGUAGAAUUCACACUACAACAAAGAUUUAUGAGUGUGGCCAGUGUAGGAAAUCUUUUAGCCAAAGAGCUACACUCAUUAGACAUCAAAGAGUUCACACUGGAGAAAGGCCUUAUGAAUGUGGGGAAUGUGGCAAGUCCUUUGGAUACAAAUCCAAACUUGACCGACACCAGAGAACUCACACUGGAGAAAGACCUUACGAGUGUGCUGAAUGUGGGAAGUUCUUUAGGCAAAGCUACAGCCUCGUUGAACACCAGAGAGUUCACACUAGAGCAAGACCUUAUGAGUGUGGCCAGUGUGCAAAAUCUUUUAGUCGAAGAGCUGCCCUGGUUAAACACCAGAGAGUUCACACUGGGGAAAGGCCUUAUAAGUGUGGGGAAUGUGGAAAAACCUUUAGUCGGAGCACUAGCCUUAUUCAACACUGCAGAAUCCAUACUGGAGAAAGACCAUAUGAGUGUGACCAGUGUGGGAAAUCUUUUAGGCAAAAGUCUGUUUUAAUUCAACAUCAGGUAGUUCACACUGGAGAAAGGCCUUAUGAAUGCAGCAAAUGUGGGAAAUCUUUUAGCCAACGCUCAAGCUUCUUUCAACACCAAAAAUGUCACACCAUGGGAAUGCCUCACAGAGGCAGCAGAUAUGGGGAAUCCCUCAGCCCAAGGUCUCCUGUUGCUUAGUUUCUGAAAGCCCAUGCAAGAAAGGCCUUAAACCUGCAAAGGAAUAUGCUGUCUUUGCUCACUGUGACAGCACUAGAGAGCUUUUAUAAAGAGGUCACCACAUGUAUUUGCACACUUCCAGAGGGCUGAAGGACCCUGUGAGUUGCGGCACAUGUGAGGAGGAUGGGAGCUGCUCUGAACAUUUUAGACUGCUGCCCUCAUCAAAGUUGAAUCACAGCCACAUUCUCACAGAAGUUGUCUCCCAUCUAGCCCCAAGCACCUCAGCACACACAGACUCGGAUGCCUGUGUUCUCCCCUUCUCUAGAGGAAAUCUCCAAUAACCUGAUCCAUGAGAGUAUUUUUCUUACUAUUGUGUGUCUGUGUUCUGGUUAAGGGGACCCAGCCCGGGCUCACCUGGAGGCUUGGGAAGUCUUCAUUGAAUUCUUGGCCUCAUGUGACACUUGUAGUUGAUGAUUACAGAUUUCAAGUUACUAACCAGUAGCUUCCUGUUGAACAUUGCUCUGAUUUGUGGACUAAUAAAGGCCUUUUGUUUGAUCUACUUUUAAUCAGGGGGUUCUGUUCACAGCCUUGGGUGGGUAGAAUAUGGAUGGGUCCUGUUUGUAUUAAAAGAUGGAUAGCUUUUAUAGGACCUCUUCAUUUUGUGUCUCAGUAAAGAACUUAGUGGCAGAGAGUGGUUCUCUGUUUUGUUUAACAUGAAUUACUACCCAAGACCCCCACUGUGGACAGCUUUUAUAGGACCUCUUCAUUUUGUGUCUCAGUAAAGAACUUAGUGGCAGAGAGUGGUUCUCUUUCUGUUUUGUUUAACAUGAAUUACUACCCAAGACCCCCACUGGAGCAGUGCAGGGCUUUGGGGUCCUAGUUUGGAGCCUCGAUGCCUCUGAAUUUGUUUUUGUUUUAGAUCAGAGAUCACCUUGAAGAGGUGUCAGUUGUUAUGGCCAUGUUCAGUACUUUCAGAAAUACUCUGAAUUUAUUUCAUUAUUCCCACAUAACUUCCCAUAAAACUCAAUAUUGUUAAGGGAAACUUCAUUGGGUUCUAUAGUCAUGCAGUCUGACAUCCAUGAUGCCAUAGGUCAGCAUCACUGAUACAAGAGCGCAGGAACCAGGUACGAACACCACUUGGAACAGAAGUACAUGGCGUGAUCAGUGGAGUGGAGGGCUGGCAGACAGAACGUGUUACUUGUAAAAGUGUACCCCAGAUCCUAGGACUAACAGAUCAUGCUACUUCCAAAUCUAUGUUCCACUGUGAUCAGGAUCAUUAUCGGUAGAUACUCAUGCUCUUGUCAGGUUCCCAUCGUUUUUCUGGGCUGUUCACCUAAGUCUAAAUGGGGAAAAGAAAAAAAAAAAAAAAAGCAGGAGGAGGCCAAAAAAAGCAAGGGAUUGGAGAAAGAUCCUACAUGCAGUGGAGUCGGGGAGAUAGGAAGUUCCUGUCUGAGAGGUAAAAAAGCUGUUCCCCCCACCCUCUUUUGUGGCCAGGCAACUGCAACUGCUCCUGUCUCAGUAUAGCUUUCAUUGCUCACCAUUUUUUCCUGCCCAGUUUAAGGCUGCCCUUCUCUAGGCACAAGGAAGGAGGUACUGGAGUGAACAGGUGGUUGGCAUGCCUGGUUUCCAAAAACUUGGGUGACUUUUACUCUCUUUAUCUAUACACACACACACUGAGGCACAGUUGACCUGCAAUAACCAGUAUACAUUUAAGACACAUAAUCUGAACCAGUUUAUCACACAAGCCCAUGAAGUAUUCCUGAUCUGAAUAAUGAACGUUUCCAGAAUUAUCUCAUAUAAUCUCCCUGCCUUCCUCAGGCCUUCAGGUGUCCAGUGAUUUACUUUCUUUCACUAUGAAUCAGUUUGCAUUUUUUUUUACAGUUUUACAUGAGAAGAAUCAAAUUAUUUGAUUUUUCUUGUAUUUUUCAUGCAGUAUCAUUACUUUUAGCUUUAUUGAUGUUGGCACCUUUUGUAUUGCUACAUAGUAUUCUGUUCUAUGGACAUACCACUAUUUGUUUAUUGAUCUGUUAAGGGGUAGGUAAUUUUUUUUUCCAAUUUGGGGUAUUCACAAAGUUGCAAAGAACAUAGGUAUAAAUUUUUAAUAAGGAAAUACAUUUCUCUUUUGCCAAUAACUUCAAGUGAAUGUCCCACUUAACAAACAAACCAAAAAACAUGGCAAACUGUAACCUAAGCAGGUUGUGUCCAUUGUGAUCCCAACAGCAGUGUGUGAACAUUCUUCAUCCCUGACAAGUUUCUGCUUGGUAGGGUUGAUGUUUUAAAUUUUAGCCAUGCAAAUAAGUCUGUAAUGUCAUUUCUCUGUGGUUGUAAUUGCACUUCUGUGAUGUUCUGUAAUGUUGAACAGCUUUUUUCACCUAUUAUUUGCCACCUUUAUAUCCUUUUUUCUUAAAAAUCUUUGUUAAUACCCUUAGUCUACUUUUAAUGGAUAUUGAUUCGUAUUCUUGUUUUCAUUGAAAAUAAAUAUGUAUAGAAAAGACGUGUUGUAACUUCAUUUGGUCUUCAGUCAG